CAAUACCAUACGAUGAAGAAAAGAUUAGAUUAAGUAGAUUACUCAUGCAGGCGAUGUACUUAAAAAAAUCUUUCUAAUAAACAUGACGUCAUGGCUAUCGCCAUCUUUAUCGUGUGUCAUGUACUGUUGUCGUCGUAAAGUGUACUCGUCAUCGGAAUAAAGUUGCAGUUAUCUGUCAUUAUUUAUUCAUAAAUUUUAUUUCUUCUUUCGAUUUUCUACUUUUACUUAGGAAAAUAUGGACGGCAGUGGUAAUUCCAGAGAUGGAGAGGCGGCUGUUCAAAGAAAUUCACAGCAAGCAGGUUCUACAAAAAAGCUGCAACAGACCCAAGCAACCGUGGAUGAGGUUGUGGGUAUCAUGAAAGUAAAUGUAGAGAAAGUAUUGGAAAGAGAUCAGAAAUUAUCAGAAUUGGAGAAUCGUGCAGAUGCACUGAAACAGGGAGCCACUCAAUUCGAACAGCAGGCAGGCAAAUUGAAGAGAAAGUAUUGGUGGAAAAAUCUCAAAAUGAUGAUCAUCAUUGGCAUCAUCUGUGUUGUUAUCUUGAUUAUCAUCAUCGCUUCGGUCGUACCAGGAUCGUCGGAUUCAGACAGUCCUAAUUAAAAAACAUUGUACCAAAAAUGGUACAGUGUUCAGGGGUUGUUAAUUUAUGUCCUAGAACAAAAGUUAACUAUGGUAAAGUAAGUGCUGGGCAUACAAAGUUAGAAAUAACGCGAUUAUUAAUUAUUAAUGAUCUACGGGGUACAUUUAAAAGAGUUAUCGUCCAUAAAACGCACAAAAAAGUGUUAUACGAAACUAUAUUUUUGAGACUUAAACUUUUUCAUACAAAACAAAAAAAAAAAACGCACAACUAUUAGACUAACUUCAGUAUUAAUACGGGUGGCCUUUUGUAAACCAUAAAUGGACAAUACAUUUCAUAAUGUUAUCUUGUUGGAAUACUUAUUGUACAUUUAUUAAUGAUAUACAUAAUAUAUAAUAUAACGUUUAUA